AUGACUCCAUCAGGCUCCAACCUCCCACCUCUGGUCCAGACCGUCAGGGUCCAGACCGUCAGGGUCCAGACCAUCAGGGUCCAGACCGUCAGGGUCCAGACCGUCAGGGUCCAGACCAUCAGGGUCCAGACCGUUACGGUCCAGACCAUCGUGGUCCAGACCGUCAGGGUCCAGACCACCAUGGUCCAGACCGUCAGGGUCCAGACCAUCAGGGUCCAGACCAUCAGGGUCCAGACCGUUACGGUCCAGACCGUCAGGGUCCAGACCACCAUGGUCCAGACCGUCAGGGUCCAGACCGUCAGGGUCCAGACCGUCAGGGUCCAGACCGUCAGGGUCCAGACCAUCAUGGUCCAGACCGUCAGGGUCCAGACUGUCAUGGUCCAGACCGUCAUGGUCCAGACCGUCAGGGUCCAGACCCUCCUCCUCUUCCUCACACAGGAUGCUCGGUGUGUGAUGCGCCGGGUGCGCGGUGGCAGUCAGGACCCGUUGCUAAGCGCCGGCUGUGUGUCGUCUCUGGAGCUCAGGAUGGACCAAUCAGUGAUCAUCAAACCCGUCCACUCGUCCCUGCUGGGCCAGGACUACUGCUUCGAGGUAACGACCUCGACGGGAACCAAGUGCUUCUCGUGCCGCUCGGCGGCGGAGCGGGACAAAUGGAUGGAGAACCUGCGGCGGGCCGUCCACCCCAACAAGGACAACAGCCGGCGGCUGGAGAACGUCCUGACGGCGUGGGUGAUUGAGGCCAAGGACCUGCCCGCCAAGAAACGGUACUUCUGCGAGCUGUGCCUGGACGACUGUCUCUACGCCCGGACGUCCUGCAAGCUGAGGACGGACAACGUCUUCUGGGGCGAGCGCUUCGACUUCGGCGGCCUGCCGCCCGUCGCCGCGGUAACGCUGCACCUCUACAAAGACACCGACCGCAAGCGCAAGAAGGACAAGAGCAGCUACGUGGGACUGGUCAACAUCCCCGUCGCCACGGUGACCGGGAGGCAGCUGGUGGAGAAGUGGUACAGCGUGAGCACGCCCAGCAGCAGCCGAGGGAAGUCGGCGGUCCCGACGGUGCGGGUCAAGGCGCGGUACCAGAGCAUGGUCAUCCUGCCCAUGGAGCAGUACAAGGAGUUCGCCGAGUUCAUCAGCUCCAACUACCUGCUGCUCUGCUCCACCCUGGAGGCCUCCAUCAGCCUCCGCGCCAAGGAGGAGCUGGCCGCCGCGCUGGUGCACAUCCUGCACAGCACCGGCAAGGCCAAGGACUUCCUCACGGACCUGAUGAUGUCAGAGGUGGAUCGUUGCCGUGACAACGAUCAGCUGAUCUUCAGAGAAAACACGCUGGCCACAAAAAGUAUCGAGGAAUACUUGAAACUGAUCGGACAGAAGUACCUUCAGGACGCCCUAGGUGAGUUCAUCAAGGCUCUGUACGAGUCUGAUGAGAACUGUGAGGUCGACCCGUCCCGCUGUGCGACCUCUGACCUCGCCGAGCAUCAGGCCAACCUGAGGAUGUGCUGCGAACUGGCCUUCUGCAAGAUCCUGGACUCCUACAGGGUUUUCCCUCGCGAGCUGAAGGAGGUGUUUGCGUCGUGGCGUCAGGAGUGCGGUAACCGUGGGCGACCGGACAUCAGCGAGCGUCUGGUCUCCGCCUCCUUGUUCCUGCGCUUCCUGUGUCCGGCGGUGAUGUCCCCGUCCCUGUUCGACCUCACCCAGGAGUACCCGGACGAGCGCACGGCGCGAACUCUGACCCUGAUCGCCAAGGUCAUCCAGACCCUGGCCAACUUCAGCAAGUUCGGGACGAAGGAGGAGUACAUGCUGUUCAUGAACGACUUUGUGGAGCGGCAGUGGAGCAGCAUGCAGCGCCUCCUGCUGGAGAUCUCCAACCCCGAAGGCCUCGGCCAGACGGCCGGCUUCGACGGCUACAUCGACCUGGGGAGGGAGCUGUCCAGCCUGCACACGCUGCUGACCGAGCUGGACCAGUCAUGUCUCUCUAAGCUCAGCCCUCUUCCUCGGAUCCUCAGAGACGUGUCGGCGGCUCUUGCUAACCCGGGGGGCGUGUCUGGCGUUGGGGGCGUGUCUGGCGUUGGGGGCGUGUCGGUGUCUUCUCCAGAGCCUCAGCGAGUUGUGUCCCCGCCCCCUCUGUCCCCGCCCCCUCUGUCCCCGCCUCUGUCUCCUCCUCUGGCAGCCUGUAAUCCCUCCAUCGGCCUGCAGGGCGGCGUGGGACUGGAUGGAGGGAUGGUGGACUUCACCCGGCUCCCGUCUCCGACUCCAGAGAACAAAGACCUGUUCUUCGUGACUAAAGGCUCCAGCCUGCAGCCGGCGUCAGGCCCGCGGGGCUCCCCGGCCCCGAGCUCCUCCUACUCCGAGCCCAACGAGAACGAGGCGGCGUUCGAAAUGACCAACGGCGGGCGGAGGGAGGGGGCGGAGCUUACCGAGGAAAGCCGCAGCCUGUCCCUGGUGGACCUGCGGGACUCCGCCCCCGGCGACGGCCUGGACGAGAGCCAAUGGCAGCGCAGGCCGGGGCUCCUCCCCCUGUCCUUCCAGAACCCGGUGUACCACAUGAGCGCCACGUCGCCGCGGCCGCCACAGCAGCCGGCGGACGCCACGCCCCCCGACGGCUCGGGGUCGCACGGCGCCGCCGACGAGCGGGGCGUCACGGCCGCCAAGCCCGCCUUCCUCACCCAGAUGUCGGUGGGGCUGGGGGGGGCGGAGAGGGGGGAGCGGCUGUCGGCCAUGUCGAGCAGCAGCAGCGGCGAGGAGUACUCCCGCCGGGCGCUGCCGCUCAGCGAGACGCUCGCAGGUGGCUCCGCCCCCCCGCGGCAGAACUCCUCGGGUCCCCAGAGGCGCAUCGACCAGCCCCCCCCGCCGGCGCCGCCGCGGGGCCGCACGCCGCCCGGCGUCGGAGGCUCCGCCUACCCGCCGCGCCCCGCCUCCGGCAGCAUGAUGUCCUCCAGCCCCGACUGGCCCAGCAGCGGACAGUCGCGGCUCAGACAGACGUCCUCGUCCUCCAAAGGAGACAGCCCCGAGAAGCAGCGGCCCGUCACCAAGGCCCCGUCCCCCUGUGCUCUGGACCGGACCGCUGCUUGGCUCCUGAACAUGAACUCCACCUCGUCCUACGGAGAGACGGAGGACGAUCGCCAUGACGACGCGCUGGUGGACAAGUACCAGCAGGAGAUCGCCUUGCUGCAGGAGAAGCUCCGAGUCGCUGCUCUUCGUCAGGAGGAGUGUGAAGCUCGCCUGAUGGUCCAGGACCAGCAGAACCAGCGCAUGCUGCAGGAGUACCAGGCCCGUCUUGAAGACACGGAGAGCCGCCUGAGGAGGCUGCAGGACGACAAGGACCUUCAGAUGAACAGCAUCAUCAGCAGGUUGAUGGCUGUAGAAGAAGAACUGAAGAAGGACCAUUCAGACAUGCAGGCUGUGGUCGACUCCAAGCAGAAGAUCAUCGAGGCCCAGGAGAAGCGGAUCUCCAGUCUGGACGCGGCGAACACUCGCCUGAUGGCGGCGCUGUCCCAGCUGAAGGAGCGCUACGCCGCCACGUCCCAGAGGAACGGCCUGUCCCCCAGCAACACCUCGUCCCUGCAGAUCACCGAGAACGGAGAGUUCCGCAACUCCGGCAACUGCUGAGCUCCCAAGCUCUGAUUGGCCGUCCCUGCAGGGAGGGGGAGGGGCUUGACGCGAGGAACCAGAUGGAG